GUGUGAAAAAAAUGUCUUCAUUGCAAUUGCUUUUGGAUUUGGCUGAUAGCCUCAAUUCCUUGUCCACCCAAUCCCCAUACUACAAUGGAGAUUUUGGUUUGGGCUUAAACCCUUAUCAAAUUCAACAAUACGAAAGUCCCAGAAUGGUGCGUUUGCCAUUGGCUUUGGCCAGUCGUUUGGAGGAUCAGCCUCUUCAAUUCCGUCCUAGAAACUCUGGAUUAAUUUCAAACAUUGGAAAAGACGGGUUCCAGGUUUGCAUGGAUGUCCAGCAAUUCAAACCAAGUGAACUAUCCGUUAAGGUGGUGGAUAAUUAUGUUGUCGUUGAGGGUAAACAUGAAGAACGGGAAGAUGAUCAUGGAUACAUCUCACGACACUUUGUCCGUCGAUAUGCUCUGCCAAGGAACUAUGAUUCGGACAAAGUUCUAUCGACACUAUCAUCGGAUGGUGUUUUGACAGUGAGCAUUCCAAAACCAGCCACUGAAGAUAAACCAGCUGAAAAAAUUAUACAAAUUCAACAAACAGGACCAGCACACCUGAAUGUGAAGGAGAAUGCUGAAGAGAAGCCCAAAGAUUCAAAAGCCAUCGAAGAAAAAACCGAUAAGAAGUAAAUUUGUAUAGGUAGUUUCUUUGAGAAAAAUUAUUAAAUCAGACUGAACUCAUUAAUUUUGCCAAAGUUAUUUUCCAUUGUCAUACAAUAAUUAGGUUAUCUUUUUCAUAUUAA